CCAUAUCUAUGCAGUGAGAACCCGCCCCUGACUGAUUGUCUCUUGGAUGGCCCGCUUCGCCCAAGUCGAUAACGUCACCUUCCUGUUUGUUCUGCCACCAUGUGCCGUGGCCCGCGGCUGUUUUAUAGUACCGUCGAGGGAGGCCUUGAAACACAUGUCUCCCCCUGAGCGACGCGCGCAUGCAAAGUUGAGGAUGGGAGGGUACAUCGUGGGGCAUCCAGAUUCUGCCUGGAGUGCUUUUACGUUCUGCGUUGCGCUAAAGCGUGUAGCUCUACUUGACCAACAAGAAUACCGACACGGCUACCGGAGGGCCCGAGGGAUUGGGGGUUGUUUUCCCUACUUUUGAAUUAUCCGCGUCUCAACCAGAGACAAAUAAACAUAUCGUGAUGGCGCCAAGGGGAACGCUAAAAACAAAGAAAAAAAAGAAACAAGAAAGGGAUGGGGAGGAGAAA